AUGCUGGUUUUGACAAGGUAUCUACUCCAAAAGCUGUUUGGUCCAGGAAUUGUUGGUUUCACAGGGAAUCAGAGUUUUAUGUACCUUGAUCUUCCUUCUAAUAUGGUUGGUUCGUUCUUGAUGGGGUGGUUUGCGGUUGUCUUCAAAAGGGAUAUUGCCAAAGUUUCGGAAUUUUUAGCCCUUGGACUGACGACUGGUUACUUGGGAAGCCUUACAAAUUUUAGUGGUUGGAAUCAGAAUAUGCUUGACCUUAGUGUGGAAGGCAAUUGGGCUUUUGUUCUCCUCGGCUUUCUCGUAGGUUUUUCCUUUGCUGACUAUUCCUUCACUAUUGGGAUCAGGUCAGCCAAGGGUUUCAGGUGGCUUCUCACUAGAUUAAACACUAGUCCAGAACACCACAUCUGUAACAACUCCAAAAGAAAUUGGAAGGUGAACACCUACAAGCGCCACUUGGCAGUUAUGGUAGUGCUGGUACUGAUGCUAGGCUUAUUAUGGGGGGUGAGUGCGAUUUUACUGAAGAAAGAGUUUGACAGUGGCAGCAGUGGAUCUCAGCUGUGGUUGGCUUGCAUGGUUGGACCUCUAGGUGUGUGGAUUAGGUGGUGGUUAGCCCGACUCAAUGGAUGCGGUUUAGGAAGAGCAGGCUUGUUGAAAUGGAUUCCUUUGGGGACUCUAAUCGCCAAUGUUUCUGCAGCUUGUGUCAUGGCAGCUCUUGAAAUAGUAAAAAAAGUGGUGAAUACGAAGACUUGUGAUAAUGUUGCUGGUGGUAUACAGUUUGGGCUGUUGGGUUGUCUAAGUGCUGUUUCUACUUUCAUUGCUGAGUACCAUGCAAUGAGAGAAAGCAAGCACACAUGGAGAGCAGAAGCAUAUGCCCUGAUUACAAUAGUUACCUCGUUUGUUUUGGGGUCCCUUAUAUACUCUGUGCCGUUUUGGAUCAGGGAAUACAGGUAGUGUCGACUCUUCCUUCAUCUAGGCUCAAAAAGUUUGUGGAUGCUAAGAUAUUGCAGAAUGCAUUUGGUCUUUAUCUACCGGAAGGGGAGACAGUGCAAUGCU